CGCAGGCUGUGUUUAGUUUUCCCCAACCCGACGAAAUGUUAAGGUGUCGCUGCGCUAGCAUGUUAUUCUCAGCCUCCAACUGUCUCGUUUACUGAGGAAAAAAAUGUUUUAUCGUGUAUUGAAGUGAGAACAAGACAACAAAUGAGGUAGAUAUGAAAAAAAGCUAAAUUUGAGGAUUACUAAAUAACCGAAGGGUCCAUUUAGUUGGACUAACAACAGUUUAAGUGUUUGCUUAUAGCUCCGGAGUCCGCAAGAAAUAGUCCUUCGGUUCCCACAUCCCAUGUUAACUGCGGGACUUUUGGGUUCGAGUCCGGACCAGCGGACGGCUCUUCGUUCGUGUGCGGUCGAGACUCGGUGAACUCACGGUGCCAUGUAGGUGGAGGACCAGCGUUUUCCCCCAGUUCUCAUCCUUAGCGUCAGUAUGAAGGGCAGUUAACGGAAUAAGAUGGCUGCUGAAACGCUAUUUGCCCACGAAUCGGUGCAGUAAUGUUACUUUUAACCUCCGAACUGUACAUAUGCUAGUAGGAUGGCUGGGAAAUUAGGCACGCGCGUUUGUUGGUUUUUAGCUAGUUCGUCGCUUUGAUUAAGUGAUGCUAACGUUGGUGUUGUUCCAUAAGGACACAACAAUUCUUCCCACUUCCAUUCUAUACAUGUUGACUGAGAAUCUUUCUAAUUAUUUUAGCCGUCUUCUUUAACGUUUUGGCUUAAAACUCGAAGAAAAAGGCAACUUCUUUGUCGUAGCUAGCAAAUAAGGCACGCGCGUUUGUUGAAUUUUAGCUAGUUUGUCGCUUUAAAUGUUUUAAGUGAUGCUAAACGUUGGGGGUUCUUCCUUAAAGGACACAACAGUUCUUACCACUUAAAUUCUACACAUGCUAAUCGAGAAGGGUUCGUAUUUUUGAGCCGUUUUCUUAAACGUUUUGGCAUAAAACUCGAAAAAAAAAAAUGCAACUUCUUUGUUGUGGCGAAAGCAUCCCAAGUCGUGGACGCUCUGUGUGGAGUUAAACCCCAAGGCCCCGGUCUGCUCCUCGGUUUGUUCGAGCUGGAGUUGGGACCAGGAAAAAAAAGCAAUUGAGGACAAUGGAUCCUAAAGGGAAAUAUAAGACUACACUUUUCAUGUUCGGACCCAAACCGGCCACCCACGGCGACCCGCGGAGAGUCAGCCGGUACUUGCUGGUCUAUGUUCUGUUCUACUUCGUCCUGUUCACUCACGCCUCCCCGGCCAAGCCGUGCGACAAGAGCUGCUUCUCGGGGAAAUGCCUCAACGGGUCCUGCGUCUGCGAGCGAGGAUGGGUGGGAGAGCUGUGCCAGCACUGCCAGGGCAGGUUCAAGCUGACCGAACCAUCAGGAUACCUCACAGACGGUCCCAUCAACUACAAGUACAAAACAAAGUGCACAUGGUUAAUAGAAGGCUACCCCAACGCCGUGUUACGGCUACGCUUCAACCACUUUGCUACCGAGUGCAGUUGGGACCACAUGUACGUCUACGACGGCGACUCCGUUUAUGCUCCGCUGGUGGCUGUUUUCAGCGGCCUCAUCGUUCCAGAGCGCCGAGGUAACGAGACGGUUCCUGAAGUCGAGGCGACUUCCGGCUACGCGCUGCUGCACUUUUUCAGCGAUGCUGCCUACAACCUAACCGGAUUUGAAAUAUUUUACUCGAUCAACUCUUGUCCAAAUAACUGUUCCGGACACGGCAAGUGCACCCCGGGUAACUCUGCCGUCAGCAGAGUCUACUGCGAGUGUGAGAAGUACUGGAAAGGCGAGGCCUGUGACAUCCCCUACUGCAGGAACAACUGCGGGAGCCCCGACCACGGCUACUGUGACCUCACAGGGGAGAAGCUGUGCGUCUGCAACGACAGCUGGCAAGGUCCAGAUUGCUCUCUAACGGUACCGUCCACCGAGUCCUAUUGGGUCCUCCCCAGCGUCAAACCCUUUGGCACCUCAUUCGCCAGAGCUUCCCAUAAGGCCGUGGUGCAGGACAAGGUCAUGUGGGUCGUGGGCGGAUACACGUUCAACUACAGUUCCUUCCAUAUGAUCCUCAACUACAACCUGGAGAGUGGAGUCUGGACCACAGUUCCCAUCGGGAGUGGACCUGUGCCAAGAUAUGGCCACUCACUCGCAGCACAUCAGGAUGACAUCUACAUGUUCGGGGGGAAACUGGAGGCCGGCUUGAGCAACGUCACGGACGAGCUGUGGGUGUUCAACAUUCCCAACCGGACGUGGCAGAGGAGGAACCCCGUCGUCGGCUCGCUGCCACAAGUUCAGGUCUACGCCGUGGAGGGACACACGGCCCACUGCGUCCCGCUGGACAGCGGCGACACGGUCAUGCUGGUCAUCUUUGGCCACUCCCCCAUCUACAGCUACAUUAGCUACGUCCAGGAGUACAACCUGCGGACCAACACAUGGUCCGUGCCUGAGACGAAAGGCGCCGUUCCUCUGGGAAGUUACGGCCACAGCAGCACGCACCACGGCGGCAGCGUCUACGUUCACGGCGGCUACAAAGCUCUGCCCAACAGCAAGUUUGGCCUCGUGGAUGACCUGUACAGAUACGACGUCAACACGCGGACAUGGUUCAUCUUGAAGGAGAGCGGCUUUCCGCGCUACCUGCACUCCACUGUGCUCCUCAGUGGAACUCUGCUGGUUUUUGGUGGCAACACGCACAACGACACGUCACUGAGCAACGGGGCCAAGUGUUUCUCUGCAGACUUCCUUGCUUAUGACAUUGCCUGUGAUGAGUGGAAGCUCCUCCCAAAGCCAGACCUGCACCGAGAUGUCAACCGCUUCGGUCAUUCGGCUGUGGUCAGCAAUGGGUCCAUGUACGUGUUUGGGGGUUUCUCAGGCGUGCUGCUCAACGACGUUCUUGUUUACCGGCCUCUCAGCUGCCAGGCCUUCUCUGCAGAGGAGGGCUGCCUGAAGGCUGGACCGGGGGUCCGCUGCGUCUGGAGCAGGGGCCGCUGUGUCCCGUGGGAACCCAGCAGCCCCAAGCCACCGCCUCUCUGCCCUCUUAAGCCCGCCUCAGUGGAUGAGUGGUGCUUCAAGUUCUCAGACUGCAGCAGCUGCACAGAAAACACCGUCGGCUGCCAGUGGUGCGACGACAAAAAGUGCAUUUCUGCCACCAGCAACUGCACCUCCGGCGUGACCAACUUCACCGCAUGUCCAGUGAGGAGCGAGCAGACAUGCAGCAAGUUUGCCAACUGCAACCUCUGCUUACUAAAUCUUAACUGUCACUGGGAGCAGAAUCUAUCAAAGUGCCAAUCCAUGCCUGCCCAGCAGUGCAGCGAGGGCUGGAGUCAGGUGGGAGAGGCCUGCCUGAGGAUCAACUCCAGCCGCGAGAGCUACGACAACGCCCAGCACUACUGCAAGAACCUGAAUGGGAACAUCGCCUCGCUCACCACCAACAAACAGGUGGACUUUGUGCUGCAGGAGCUCAAGAAGCUGCAGCAACAGGAGAAGCGGCUGUUUCCAUGGGUGGGGCUAAGGAAGAUCAACGUGUCGUAUUGGGGCUGGGAGGACAUGUCUCCCUUCACCAACAGCAGCCUGCGCUGGCAGCCCGGAGAGCCCAACGACUCCGGUUUCUGUGCCUACCUGGAGGAGCCUCAGAUUUCAGGCCUGAAGGCCAACCCAUGCACCGCCACCGCCAACGGCCUCAUCUGUGAAAAAGCCAUCGGAAACUCCAACCAGAACAGCCGUCCGUCCUGUAAAAAGCCCUGCUCGCUGCACACCAACUGCAGCAACUGCACCAGCCAGGGCACGGAGUGCAUGUGGUGCAGCAGCACGCAGCGCUGCGUGGACUCCUCUGCCUAUGUCAUAUCCUUCCCCUACGGCCAGUGUCUGGAGUGGCAAACGGGAGAUUGUAUUGCCCAGAACUGCUCAGGACUGCAGACGUGCUCCCAGUGCUUGGAGCAGCCCGAGUGCGGCUGGUGCGGCGAUCCCAGCAGCACGGGGAAAGGCCUGUGCAUGGAGGGCUCCUACCGAGGCCCCGUGAAGAGAGCGCUGAAGGCGGGCCAGCAGAGCCCGACCCACGACGUCACCCUGGAGCCCGGCAGCUGCCCCAAAGAGAAGGGCUUCGAUUGGUCUUUCAUACACUGCCCCGCGUGCCAGUGUAACGGCCACAGCACGUGCGUGAACGGCAGCAUGUGCGAGCAGUGCCGCAACCUGACCACUGGCCCCCACUGUGAGACGUGCAUGCCCGGUUACCAUGGAGAUCCCACUAACGGCGGCAAAUGCCAAGCUUGUAAGUGCAAUGGUCACGCGAGCGUGUGCCAGGUGUUAACUGGCAAAUGUUUCUGCACCACGAAGGGGAUCAAAGGCGACCAGUGCCAGCUAUGUGACUCAGAGAACCGUUACCUUGGCAAUCCGCUGAGAGGAACCUGUUACUACAAUUUGUUGAUCGACUACCAGUUCACAUUCAGCCUCAUCCAAGAAGAUGAUAAUCACUACACUGCUAUCAAUUUCAUGGCCUCACCUGAACAGGCAAACAAGAACUUGGACAUGUCCAUCAACGCGUCCAACAACUUCAACCUCAACAUCACAUGGUCAGUGGGGUCGACAGCUGGAACCAUCUCUGGUGAGGAGGUGCACAUUGUGUCCAAAACCAACAUAAAGGAGUACAGAGACAGUUUCUCCUGUGAGAAAUUCACCUUCAGAAGCAACCCCAACAUCACCUUCUACGUAUACGUCAGCAACUUCUCCUGGCCUAUCAAGAUCCAGAUUGCUUUCUCCCAACACAACAGCAUCAUGGACCUGGUCCAGUUCUUUGUGACGUUUUUCAGCUGUUUCCUUUCGCUCCUGCUGGUGGCGGCUGUGGUGUGGAAGAUCAAACAGACCUGCUGGGCAUCUCGACGCAGAGAACAGCUGAUGAGAGAGCGCCAGCAGAUGGCCAGUCGUCCUUUCGCCUCUGUCGCCGUUUCACUGGAAGCCAGAGGAGAGCUGACCGAAAUGUUGCUGCCUGUAGUUGACGGAGCUCCUAAACCGGUUGCCGUGGAGCCGUGUUCUGGAGGGAAAGCAGCUGUGCUGACCGUGCUCAUGCACCUGCCCUCUGGACUUUCAGCUUUACCGCCGCCGGGACAGUCAGGGAUCAUCGUAGCCAGUGCGCUGAUAGACAUUUCCCAGCAGAAGACCUCCGAUUUUAAGGACAAGUCCCAGUCUUUGAAGAACCGAAAAGCUCUUCCUCCGGCGCACCAGGGGACCUGCGUCUGACUCCUCAGAGCUCCGGUCGCUCCGGCUGGACGCCUUUCCCUUCACGUUACCUUUUUUUUUAGAAGAUUUUAAUUUGGCUGCUAACUGCUGAGGAACUCGACCCUCGCUUUGUUCACUCGGUGGAAAUCCAAGAAAAACGAGGAGGAAUCGAACCGUUUAAAGCCAUGAAACUCUGUUUAGUAUGAAGGAAAAACCGCAGUUCGUCGCCUUCCUCCCGUUUUCGCUCGAGGCAUUUUUACGUUUGACCCUGAAGGCCUUUUCACCAGGAGGAAUAUGCACUAAUCCACGGAGGACGCCGUCGUCUCAGCAUCUCCUGGUCCUGAGCGCUGGGAGAACACGCCCUCAAAAGACAAACUCAUCUUCAAGAAGCUGAGAAACACUAAAAGGGAAUUCACUGUAAAAAAUCAAAACACUAGUUGGUACUUUAAGGUCAUUUGCAUCGUUCUCCUGUCAGUCGGAUCAUUCUGGUGGACUCCCAGGAUGGGGCACUUAUCCGCCUGUUUACUUCUUUUGGUACAUUAUUCUCCUUUCCUUUGAGUGUAAGAAAAUAACCUUUUUGUAAUGCCUUUGAUUUAAGCAGAAAGGUGAGAUUAAAAAAACUGUACAGUGUUUUGAGUGUUUUUGAGAUUUCACGUCUUUUUUUUUCAAGGUUUUUUGGAGAAAACUUGCAAAAAAAAAUCUGUUACUUUUUAAACGUUGUCACCGGAUUUUCUUUUCUUGUCUUUUUGGAACAUGUGAAGACGGAAUUUAUGUUUAUUUUUUCAUAUUUAACAGAUUCUGUGUAAUAUCACCUUUACUUUGACUUUUUAUCUUUUUUUUUCUAAUAGUGCCUCUGUACAGAAUGUUUGGGCAUUGUUCUGAUUUUUCAUAAAAUUAUAUUCCAGUAAAUGUUUUUUCCUUUGUAUUGGUUCUAUUUUUUAAUGUUAAUAGUGUUUCUGCACAGGAAUCAUCCCGCUGUACCAUGGAAACAAAUAAAAGCUGCAUAUCAGUGUCGGUGUAUUUGACAAACGGCCAACAUUAAAGAAAAUCAAACAUCAA